AACGUGCAGAGAGAGGCUCGGUUACUCUCUAUCUGGGGAUUUCUUUAAAAACGGAUUUACCACGGAUUUUAUUUAAUGCUACAGAGGAUGGCGUGUUGGAGAAGUAAAUACCCAAAGCAAACAGCGAUCAGUGCCCUCAUGGUGUUUUUUCUGCUUCUCAAGUCAAGUGUUGGUCAGUACCAUGGUGAGAAGGGGAUCUCUGUCCCGGAACACGGCUUUUGCCAACCGAUCUCAAUUCCUCUAUGCACGGACAUUCAGUACAACCAGACCAUCAUGCCUAAUCUCCUCGGUCACACAAACCAAGAGGAUGCUGGAUUAGAAGUCCACCAGUUCUACCCACUGGUCAAGGUACAGUGCUCGACCGAUUUGAAGUUCUUCCUGUGCUCCAUGUACGCGCCCGUAUGUACAGUUUUGGAGCAGGCUAUCCCACCAUGCCGUUCUCUCUGCGAGCGGGCGCGCCAGGGCUGCGAGGCACUCAUGAACAAGUUUGGCUUCCAGUGGCCUGAACGACUGCGCUGUGAGAACUUUCCCGUCCACGGCGCUGGCGAGAUCUGCGUGGGUCAGAACACGUCAGACACAGGAAGUCCAACGUCUAAGCCUCCACCGUACGUGCCGGAAAACUAUACUCCGCGUCUAAACAUGGAUCGAACGGGCCAGCCUUUCACGUGCCCACUUCAGCUGACGGUGCCUUCUUACCUCAAUUAUAAGUUCUUGGGUGCUAAGGAUUGCGGAGCGCCCUGUGAGCACUCGCAGCCGCACGGAGUUAUGUAUUUCAAAGAGGAGGAGGUGAAAUUUGGGCGCCUGUGGGUUGGGAUUUGGGCUAUUUUGUGCUGCUUAAGCACGUUGUUCACGGUGCUGACCUACCUGGUGGACAUGCGGCGAUUUCGGUAUCCAGAAAGGCCCAUUAUCUUCCUGUCUGGCUGCUACUUCAUGGUGGCGGUCGCCUACCUCACAGGGUUCCUUCUCGAGGAUAAAGUGGUGUGCAUUGACAAAUUCAAAGAGGAUGCCUACAGAACGGUGGCACAAGGUACAAAAAAGGAAGGGUGCACGAUUUUAUUCAUGAUCCUUUACUUUUUCGGCAUGGCCAGCUCUAUAUGGUGGGUAAUCCUUUCUCUGACCUGGUUCCUCUCUGCUGGAAUGAAAUGGGGCCACGAGGCAAUCGAGGCCAACUCGCAGUACUUCCACCUAGCCGCGUGGGCUGUACCCGCUGUGAAGACCAUCACAGUUCUGGCACUGGGACAGGUAGAUGGAGACUUGCUAACAGGCGUGUGUUUUGUGGGCAUCCAAGAUAUAACAGCACUGCGUGGUUUCGUUUUAGCGCCGCUCUUUGUGUACCUGUUUAUCGGCACGUCGUUUCUGCUGGCCGGCUUUGUAUCUCUGUUCCGCAUCCGCACCAUAAUGAAGCAUGACGGCACCAAGACAGAGAAGCUCGAAAAGCUGAUGGUGCGCAUCGGCGUCUUCAGCGUGCUCUACACCGUACCCGCUACAAUCGUCAUCGCUUGCUACUUCUACGAGCAAGCCUUCCGCAAGCAGUGGGAGAAGACGUGGCACAUGCAGACGUGCAAGCGCUUCGCGGUGCCGUGUCCAGCCGCCGACUUCGCCCCAAUGUCGCCGGAUUUCACCGUCUUUAUGAUCAAAUACCUCAUGACCAUGAUUGUAGGCAUCACGUCGGGUUUCUGGAUCUGGUCGGGGAAGACGCUGCAGUCGUGGCGCAGGUUCUACAAGCGGCUGGGAAACGGGCAGGGCGAGACGACCGUGUGAAAUCAGCCGGAUUAAAAGAGACUUGUCAGGAACUGCACGGUGAACGGAAAAAUAAGACUUCUUUUAAGUGCCUGCAGGAUCCUUAAAAUGCACCCACACCAAAAUUGCCUUAUGACACUUAAAUACUCGGCCCUGACUGUCUACACUUUUUUUUUUUUAAUAGAAAUUUUUUUGCAUGACUCUCCCCUCCUUUCCCCCCUUUUUUAACUUGAUGAAAGAUGUUUUCUGUAAACAUCUUGUGCCUUGUCAAAAAAAAUGAACACUAAGGAUUCUUCUGGCCAGCGUUUCAGUAACGAGAGAAAUGGCUCCGUUCCGGCUCAGUUGUUUUUAUUUUAAUCUUGUGCCUUGUAUUAUUGACCUGACCCUAUAGCUGAAUGUUUAUUUCAAUCCAAAGUUUUGUAUCUUUGCUUAUCUUCGUUCAGUGUUGAGUUUCUUUUCGAACUGUUAUGUUUAGUCCCUGUUACAUUUGGACUGUUAGACUUCACGACAGUUCUACGGUUUAUUCCAGUGAAUUCAGUCUGACUUAGACCAGACAUGGCUACGACUGUUGGGAUUAAAUGCUGAAGUUAAACGUGCUGACAGUGCUAAAAAAAUCAUGUGUAUAUUACCAUUCAAGACAUUACUUUUUUGUAUUUAUUAAAAGUAAUCUUUUUAAGACCAUAUCUUUCAUUCAGCAGUUUCACUUAAUAAAAAAGUGAUUAGA